AUGGAUUCUUCAUGGGAAGCAAUUGAAAAAGAGAUCGAGGGGCAUUACGCCAACCUCAAGGAUCAACCUCCACAUACCCCCGAACAAGUGGCCAAAGUCAAAGCCCUAAUUCGACUCUAUGUCCUGUGUUGGAUCCAUUGCAAAUACGACGAAGUGCGAAAGAUGGUGCACCCAGACUACAAGCAGCACAACUACACGGUCAUCAGUGGUGGGGAAUCCAUCAUCAUCUACAGCGAGCGGUUUCGCGAAUACAUCAAGGCUCAAUCCGGGAAGGAUGAGAUCAACAUAGACAUGCGUCUGAAACGCAUCUUCGUGGACGGGGACUACAUCAUCGUGCAUAGCCACGUCAUUCGAUGGGAAGGAGACAAGGGCCAGAACGUCAUGGACAUUUUCAGAUACCAGGAUGGCCAGUUCACUGAACAUUGGGAUGUCAUCACAGAUGUGCCUGAUCACUGUGAGAACACCAACGGCGUCUUCUGA